AGUCGCGCGCGCCCCGCGGGCGGCGGUGCCACGGGAGCUAUGGCGGGGUGGGGGUCUUUCUACCGGGGUGAGGGGCCCGAGGACGACGAGGAGGAGGAGCAGCAGCAGGAGGAGGGGGCUGAGGCGGUCGCGGACCACAGGUUCGCGGGCCGGGACAGCCUCAUCUUUUUGGUGGAUGCCUCCAAGGCCAUGUUUGAGUCCGACGGGGACGCAGAAACGCCCUUCGACAUGACCAUGCAGUGCAUCCGGAAUGUGUAUACCAGCAAAAUUAUCAGUAGUGACAGGGACCUGUUAAGUGUCGUGUUCUAUGGUACAGAAAACAACAAGAACUCAGCAGAUUUCAAGCACAUCUAUGUUCUUCAGGAGCUGGACAAUCCAGGUGCAAAGCGUGUUCUAGAGCUGGACCAAUACAAGGGAGAUGAAGGACGAGCACUUUUCCGUGAGAGCUUUGGCCACAAUGCUGACUAUUCCCUGGGGGAAGCGCUCUGGGCCUGCUCUAAUCUCUUCAGUGAUGUCCGAGUCAGGCUGAGCCACAAAAGGAUCAUGCUCUUCACCAACGAGGAUGACCCUCAUGCCAAUGACAGUGCUAAAGCCAAGCUGGCCAGGACCAGAGCUGGUGAUCUGAGAGACACAGGUAUCAUCCUGGACUUGAUGCAUUUGAAGAAGCCUGGAGGGUUCGAUAUCUCUUUGUUCUACAGGGAUAUUAUAAAUGUAGCAGAGGAUGAGGACCUUGGGAUCCAGCCCAAGGAGUCAGAGAAACUGGAACAUCUCAUGAAGAAAGUACGAGCAAAGGAGACAAAGAAGCGGGCUUUAGUGAGGUUAAAUCUGUAUCUGAGCAAUGAUCUGGCACUUUCUGUUGGUGUUUACAACCUUAUUCAAAAAGCUUAUAAGCCAUAUCCAGUGAAGCUUUAUCGAGAAACUAAUGAACCAGUUAAAACAAAAACAAGAACGUUUAAUGGAAAAACAGGCAGUUUGCUCCUGCCUAGUGACACAAAAAGGGCUCAGACAUAUGGAAACCGACAGAUUGUGCUGGAGAAAGAAGAAACAGAAGAAUUAAAACGGUUUGAUUCUCCGGGUUUGUUUCUGAUUGGCUUCAAACCACUUUCAGUGCUAAAACAACACCACCACAUCAGGCCCUCUCAGUUCAUCUAUCCUGAAGAGUCCUUGGUGAGGGGGAGUACAACACUAUUUAAUGCCUUAUUGAUGAAAUGCUUGGAGAGGGAGAUGAUGAUGCUGUGCAGAUACACUGUUCGCCGGAACACUCCUCCUCACUUUGUGGCCCUGGUUCCCCAGGAGGAAGAGGUGGAUGAGCAGAAAGUGCAGAUAGCCCCUCCAGGUUUCCACAUAAUUUUUCUGCCAUAUGCAGAUGACAAAAGGAAUGUUGAUUUUACAGAAAAUGUGCCAGCCAGUCAAGAGCAGGUGGACAAAAUGAAGGAAAUAAUUCAAAAACUCCGGUUCAAAUACAGGACUGACAGCUUUGAGAACCCAGUUUUGCAGCAGCACUUCAGGAAUCUGGAGGCUUUAGCACUGGAUAUGCUGGAACCAGAACAAGCUGAGGAUCUUACAAUGCCAAAGUAUGAACAGAUGAACCACAGGCUGGGCAACCUGGUAGAGGAGUUUAAGCAGCUGGUUUAUCCCCCUGACUACAAUCCUGAAGGGAAGGCUGUAAAGCGAAAACAAGCUUCUGAUGACCAAACUGAGAAGAGGCCCAAGGUAGAAGUCUCAAAGGAUGAGCUGCAGAUUCAUGUGCAGAAGGGCACUCUGGGCAAGCUCACUGUACCUAUUCUGAAGGAGGCAUGCAGACUUUUGGGGCUGAAGGGUGGAGGCAAGAAGCAGGAACUCAUGGAUGCUUUAAUUGAAUACUUUAAGGAGCGUUAAGCGUUAAGGAAUGGAAGGCCCUAGUUGACUUCUGUCUGCUUGGAAUGUUGGUUAUCUUUUGUGGAUGCUGUGUCUGUUUAAUCCUGCUAUGAAAGAGAAGGCAACUAAAUGUUGCUGUAUCUAGCAGUGGAGAAACUUUUUACUCAUAGUUGUGAAACAUCUCUGCAAAGUUGGAUUCUGUUGACAGUAGCCAAAGGCAGAAUUAAAUUCCCUGUGAACUCAGGUCACCCACUGUACAUGGACAGAGUUGUGCCUUCCUCAUUUCUUAAUAAAAGUUAUUUUGGACUUCUUACUUUGAAA